UCUCAUGUUGGGCUGAGGGAGGAGGCGGCCGCCCGCUCUCCCUGCCCGCCCUCACCUCUCCUCACCUUUAUGGACGAGCACCUCAGCCUCCUGCACUCACCCCCGCCCUCCUCCGCCCGGCACCGCGCCGACACCAACCUCGUCAACCCGGGCUACACGGACACCGACACCAUGACCGUGGCCGCCUGCGACAACAUGCUGGAGGAGGCGGCCGCCCUGCCCGGGGCCCAGCGCCGCUCCUCGGAGGAGGAAUACGGGCAGGACCACGAGUGCUGCGAGCGGGUGGUCAUCAACAUCUCCGGCCUGCGCUUCGAGACCCAGCUGAAGACCCUGGCCCAGUUCCCGGAUACCCUGCUCGGGGACCCCAAGAAGAGGAUGCGCUACUUCGACCCCCUGAGGAACGAGUACUUCUUCGACCGCAACCGGCCGAGCUUCGACGCCAUCCUCUACUACUACCAGUCCGGGGGCCGCAUCCGCCGGCCGGUCAACGUGCCCAUAGACAUCUUCUCCGAGGAGAUCCGCUUCUACGAGCUGGGCGAGGAGGCCAUGGAGAAGUUCCGGGAGGACGAGGGCUUCAUCAAGGAAGAGGAGCGCCCGCUGCCCGCCAACGAGUUCCAGCGCCAGGUCUGGCUGCUCUUCGAGUACCCGGAGAGCUCGGGGCCGGCCAGGGGGAUCGCCAUCGUGUCGGUGCUGGUCAUCCUCAUCUCCAUCGUUAUCUUCUGCCUGGAGACCCUGCCCGAGUUCAGGGAUGACAAGGAGUACAACGGGCCCCCCGUGCUGCCCCCGGUCAACGGGACCGGUCCAUACCUGAGCAGCUCCUUCACCGACCCCUUCUUCGUGGUGGAGACCCUGUGCAUCAUCUGGUUCUCCUUCGAGCUCCUCGUCCGCUUCUUCGCCUGCCCGAGCAAAGCCACUUUCUCCAAGAACAUCAUGAACAUCAUAGACAUCGUGGCCAUCAUCCCUUACUUCAUCACCCUGGGCACCGAGCUGGCCGAGAGACAGGGCAAUGGGCAACAGGCUAUGUCCCUGGCCAUCCUGAGAGUGAUCCGGCUGGUGAGGGUGUUCAGGAUAUUCAAGCUGUCCAGGCACUCCAAGGGGCUGCAGAUCCUGGGGCAGACAUUGAAAGCCAGCAUGAGGGAGCUGGGGCUACUUAUUUUCUUCCUCUUCAUCGGGGUCAUCUUGUUCUCCAGCGCUGUGUACUUUGCCGAAGCCGACGACCCCAACUCUGGAUUCAACAGCAUCCCUGAUGCCUUCUGGUGGGCAGUGGUGACCAUGACCACCGUGGGAUACGGGGACAUGCACCCGGUGACCAUAGGGGGUAAGAUCGUGGGCUCCCUGUGUGCAAUAGCUGGCGUGCUGACUAUAGCCUUGCCUGUACCUGUCAUUGUCUCCAACUUUAACUAUUUCUAUCAUAGGGAGACCGAGGGAGAGGAGCAAGCCCAGUACCUCCAUGUUGGCAGCUGCCAGCACCUGUCCUCCAGCGAGGACCUGAAGAAAACACGGAGCAACUCGUCACUGAGCAAGUCAGAGUACAUGGUGAUAGAGGAAGGGGUGAGCCCAGGACCUUUCAAGCAGCCCAGCUUCAAGACUGGCAACUGUACGACCACCAACAACCCAAAUUGUGUCAAUAUCAAGAAGAUGUUUACCGACGUGUAAUGUGUGUUCGAUUGGAAUGUUGGGUGGGUUUCAAAACAGCAAUGUGACAUGUCAUCGACAUCAGCGUGUCCCACUUCUCAACAAUGUUUAUUUCUGAGCGCUCCCUCUAGAAUGGACAUAGCUUUACCCACGUCCUAUAUACCAUGGAUGAAGUGGUGCUAGUGCUAUAGGCAAUGCUAUGUAGUGUCAGCUGCUCCGGAAGGCUGUGAGGCUGUCUCUUAUUUUUGGUUGUCGUUUUGCAAAAAUGAGGACAAGUCGCUGGGUUUUUAUUUUUAGUUCUCUCUCUCUCUCUUAUAUUCAAGAGCUGCUUCUUAGUUUUGCUGGAGUUCACCUCAUUAGCUAAAGCACAUGGGAAUGGAGGUAUAUAGUUAUCAGAAGCACACCAGGCAAAACUAAAAGCAAAGGUCUUAUGAUUUACCUCUCGAGCCUCAAUGUGAGCGCACAUUUUUUGUUAAUUUUAUACUUGGAUUGUCAUAUCCUCAUUCUCACUCGUGAACAAAGGCGGGAGAACACUGGGACAAGCAUCAGUUCUGAGUACAUAUCGGGACAAUCUGCUUUGACGGAGCAGCUAAAGUGUCUCUGAUUGUAUGAAAAAAAAAGAGUAGAUUGGCACUUAGUCCUUUGAAUUAUUUUUAAACAGGUAUUUGAAACUGCAAAACGUUUAGUAAGUCCCCCAGUUCGUGCCAAGAAAGCUACAUUGGCAUGCAGCAAGAAGCAGGUGGAUGCUGUAGGUCUAUUUUCUGCUAUGAAUCAUGAUGCUGUUCGUGACAGCCUACAUGCUGUAAAAGAAGAUUAAAUGGUUGGACUUGCUUUUCUUCGGAAGUUACUAAUUCUGACCCGAGUGAUGCAGUUUCUAUGGUAACAUGGGUUUCCUGGGAAACUCCACUGGUUGCCAUGGCAUCCUUGUUCCCAUAGUAACCAUCCAGAUGGUUCCAAGUUACAGACACGCUGCUGCUGCUGCUGCCAUGAGAAUGCUCUGAGAAAGUUAAUCCCACCGAGAUUUGCAAAGUAGGUAUGACAAUUUGAACAUCACCUGCGAUCAAGGGAGUAUGGAGCCAUUCAUAACCUCAUGAUAAAUUAAGUCAUUCUUCCAAAACACUGCAGUUGGUGCAGCUUAUUAACACACUUUAAGUACAGUAACCAGAUCAGGAGUUUGAUGCAAACAGGAAAUUAUGAAGCUCAGUAAUAUCGUGAUUUUUGAGGAGCAAAGUCAAUCUACAAAUAAACUGUAGCAUCCAGAAAGCACUUUAUAAAUUACACAUCAGCACUUAUGUGACUAUCCAAGUAAAUCUGCCUUAUGAGGAAAUAAAGUCCAUGGUAGAUAAUGAGAGGCUAUAAGGCAUCCAGCACUAGAAAAUACCAACUUGGACCCGUCUAACCCUUUUGCCAAAGGCAGUGGUGAAUCUUAAAGCAAGGAAAAGAAGAUUUCUAAAGGCCUGCAUUUUGUGUAGUUCAUCAAGAUUGUUUUUGCCUUAGUCUGUGUCGGUUCGGAAAAUGCAGGGAAUUUGUUACUCUACAAUGAAAUCCACAUAAAAGAAGAAGCCUCAAAAAUGGUAGAGCUACACCGUUGUAUGGAGUGAAAAAUCUGCAUCAAGAUAUAUUGCAGUAUGUUGACUGCUGACCAAUGGAAGUUUUGGUCUCUUAGUAAUAUUUUUUCUAUUUUUAUACAAUUUUAUUUUAUUAGGUUUUACUUUUUGUUCUACACAAGUGCAUUAUGUUCAAGGAAUUCUGUUUUGGAACUGAAGCAUACCCAGACUCAGUGCAAUACAUCUUAGUUGAAAAAGACAAAACCUAGAUGCAAAAAUAUUUUUUGUGAUCGUUUCCAUUUGUGAAAAGUAAAAUUGAUUACUAGUCUGAACGCUGCUAAUUGGUUUUGUGAUAGCUCUGAGAAAAUGUGAAUUAAGUGUUAGUUUGUAAAAGUUAAAAGCUCAGCAUUUAUUGAUGUACCAUUGUCCUGUCUCAGAUUUCACUAUGAGCGUCAUGUUUCUUCGGGUUACUGAGGUGAUUUGUCAACUUAUGUGCUGCAUUAAUUUAAGUGUACUGUACCAAAGGCUUUAAUGUCUGUUUUGUCUUUUUAUAUGAUGACCUUGUCACCAUUGUGCAUAUAUGAACUAUUGUAAUUCCACCAACGUGUCCAUUCAUGUAGGAAUGACUUGUCUUUUCAGUCUGAAAUGAAAGUUUCCUUUCAUUUUUAUUAAACUAUUCUGCCCUUUGAAAAAACAGUAUUAUUAUGGCAAUGUAGCUUAUGAAUUUACAAAUGCAAAUCUUCAAUACAUUUAGAAUGUUCCAGUUGCAUACAAAGUGCUUAAAGGAACACUCUAAAUACCAUAAACACCACAGCUUAUUGUGUAGUUAUGGUGUAAGGAGCUUUUGGUCGCAUCUUUUCCAUUUUUUUGUCAAACAUUUUCAAGCAAAUUGACAAAACUGGGGAUCUCCCUGCACACCAAGCUUGGCCCUCUGCUUCAUUUUGUCAUUAUCCAGCCUAAGUCAUCCAGUGGACGGCAAGAGUUGUGACUGUUUAGGCGAGCAAUCCCAGAUUAAACAGCUUUGAAUAGAUGAUGCAAAAAGGAAAUUUACAUAUUAUCUGAGCAGUAUACAAGGUCUUGUUUUUGGGGGUUGAAAAAGACUCAUUUAUUUGGGAAACUGCUCAAAGGUACUUGGACAAAAGAUCACACCGAAGACUCUUUGUCUCAUAACCACUGUAAUAACCUGUAGUGUCCAUGGUGCUUAGAGUGACAUUUUUAAGGGAAAUUAUUAUUCUAUAUUAAUAUUGUUUUACACUUUGUCCGACUUGCCAUGUAUGUUCUAAGUCAGAAGGAUAAGUAACAAAGUGCAAAGUGCAGCACUUCUUCCUGGCUCUCAACUAUAUAAACUCCUUCUUGUACAGAUGUAACCAUACUUUGUGUCCAACAGUCCAUGUUUGUUUAUUAAUGGGUUAAUGAAAAUACUGGCUUGAUUAGAACUUUGUUUACUUGGCACAGAAAUAUAGUCAACAUGUCCUGGUGAAUAGCUACACUUAAUAUGGAUGCAUCUGUAUAACCUUGUUGUAAGUGAUCUUGAAAUGUGUCACAGAAAAUUCAAAGUGGUGUGGUGAAAGAGAAGUUUGUUUGGAGGUAUCUAUCACUACAAUAAAGCCACAGGUACUUUUUCUGAAGUUCCAGAUUUUUUCCUUGCUGCAAACGCACAAGAAAGGCUGUGAAUGUACACAUUUGACAAGUAGUAUCUGUUGUUACCAGUAUCUGUCCAGUAUGAAAUUAUUUUAGAUACUUAUGAGUAAGGGUAAAAUAAGGAUGUUUUUUAACCCCACCAUGACAUAAAACAUGCCGUCACCAUCAUUAUUGAUUCACUUCACUUUGAAUCAUCCUUACAAAUGGAUUUUUGUUUGUUUAUGUGCUGCAUCGAUCGCUUAAAAUUAAUUUUGAUGAUUUAAAAUGCUGCAAUUUGUUUUAAAAUACUUUGAAAUAGUUGGGUGCUCUUUUUAGAAAAUUAAUAAGUUAAUCAUAUUUUUUUUCUGAUUUAUAAAACUGUUGCUUGGUGUUAUCCAAGAAAGUACCAGUAGUAAAUCUUUAUAGCACAACCUUUUAUAAACAAGUACCUCUAUUAACCUCUACAUUUAACUUCUAACAUUUUCUACCAAAUACUAUAAAAAAAUAGAACAUUACACUAAUACCACCCCUUCU